AUGUCAAAUUUUAUAAAUCAUCCUUAUCAUUUAGUUGAUAAAAGUCCCUGACCUUUAUUAAGAGCAUUCAGAGUAAUAAGACUAGUAUCUGGUUUAGCGAAGUGGUUUCAUACAUUUAAUAUAGAUUUAGUUUUAAUUGGUCUUUUUACUACAAGUUUAAUUAUAAUUCAGUGAUGACGAGAUGUUAUUCGUGAAGGUAUAUAUCAAGGGCUUCACACGGUUCAGGUCGGGGUUGGAUUGCGUUGGGGGAUAAUUUUAUUUAUUGCCUCAGAGGUUUUAUUUUUUUUAUCUUUUUUUUGAGCUUUUUUUCAUAGAAGUUUAGCUCCUGCAGUAGAAUUAGGAAGUUCUUGACCUCCAAUAGGAAUUAAGCCAUUCAACCCAUUUCAAAUUCCCCUAUUAAAUACAGCUAUCUUACUAGCGUCAGGUGUUACAGUAACUUGGGCACAUCAUGCUUUAAUAGAAAAUAAUUAUACUCAAGGUGUACAAGGUUUAAUAUUAACUGUAUUUUUGGGAUUAUAUUUUACUUCAUUACAAGCUUUAGAAUAUUAUGAGGCUCCUUUUUCUAUUGCAGAUGCAGUCUACGGUUCAACAUUUUUUGUAGCAACAGGAUUCCAUGGACUUCAUGUUAUUAUUGGGACAACAUUUCUUUUAGUUUGUCUUUUUCGGCAGAUACUUAAUCAUUUUUCAAGUACACAUCAUUUUGGUUUUGAGGCUGCUGCUUGAUAUUGACAUUUUGUUGAUGUUGUUUGAUUGUUUUUAUUUAUUUCUAUUUAUUGAUGAGGUAAUUAG